CCAUGAACCGACUGCCCUCACGCAGUUCCCGCGUCCACCCCCCCCUCCCCACCCUCGCGAAUCUCAUGCCCGCGUCUCCCUUCCGCCUCCGCGACUGCUGCCUGCCUUCGCUCGAGGGGUUCAGCAAGACCGAUAGCGGUUUCCGCUUGAGCGCCUUGCGACGCCAUGUGUGCCCUCUGUCCCGUCCCCUGAUUGCGACUUGCGCGGCAUGCUGCUCACAGGCUUUGAAUGCGUCAGUGACGCCCUCGACGGCCCGAUGUGCAACUCGCCACUAACGAUGUACAUCGCAGCGCCUCGACAUGGGUUCGUUGUCAACACAUCACGUCGUGAAGCCUGCUGACCAUGACCGCCAGACACCUCCUAGCAGUGGAAUCACUUCUAGACUAUCCAGGUGUUCACUAUGUAUAUAGUGCAAUUCCCUCGGCUGCAGAGCCCUCACAGUCGGAAUAGUGCGGCGGUCUCGGGCGCCUACGGAGGUAGGGCAUUACGAGGGGCUUCAGCGGGUUCCGUAGCGUCCGACAUUGUGUACUCUAUGUAGAUCGAAAAUAAAAUAACAGUAUUCUUU